AGCCUUCUUCACGCCUCCGAUACACUUAGCCUUAGUCUCCAGUCCUGAAGUGUGGGCAGAAUGUGCCGGAGAGCAGAAUAGCGGUGUCUGCCGACCAAGUGAAAAGCCGCAAGCAGUUCCCGGUGCGGGCUCGUGCGGCACAGCGGAGCUGCGCGCGCAGCCCCCGAUCGCACAGGUCCCGGCCCGGACGGGUGCAGACCGCAGAGAGCGCGGCUACCGUCAUCGCGUUGUCUUCUCCAGAGUCGCCAAGGCCGGGCCUGAACUCGCACCGACGGGCCCCUGAGCCCAGUACACUCCACAGGUCUCCGCCAAUGAUUCAGAAUUCAAGUCCGGCGCUGCUGCAACCUCAAGAUGUCGGAGACAGGAUGGAAACGCUUAUGUUGCACCCGGUGAUCAAAGCCUUCCUGUGCGGCUCCAUCAGUGGCACCUGCUCUACCCUCCUCUUCCAGCCCCUGGAUCUCCUCAAAACGCGCCUGCAGACUCUCCAGCCCUCAGCCCCUGGAUCCAGCCGCAUCGGGAUGUUGGCUCUGCUCCUGCAGGUGGCCCGCACCGAGAGCCUCCUGGGCCUUUGGAAAGGGAUGUCCCCUUCCAUUGUGAGAUGUGUCCCCGGCGUUGGAAUCUACUUCGGCACCCUGUACUCUCUGAAGCAGUACUUCCUGCGAGGCCACCCCCCCACCGCCAUGGAGUCGGUCAUACUGGGGGUGGGCUCUCGCUCAGUCGCAGGGGUCUGCAUGUCGCCCAUCACUGUUAUCAAGACGCGUUACGAGAGCGGGAGGUAUGGCUAUGAGAGCAUCUACGCAGCCCUGAGGAGCAUCUACCGCAGCGAGGGCCACCGGGGCCUCUUCAGUGGCCUGACAGCAACGCUCCUUCGUGACGCGCCCUUUUCUGGAAUCUACCUAAUGUUUUACAACCAGACCAAAGACCUCGUGUCCCCUGACCAGUUGGAUGCAGCCCUUAUUCCCGUUGUAAAUUUCAGCUGUGGGAUAUUUGCUGGUAUCCUGGCCUCCUUGGUAACUCAGCCUGCAGAUGUUAUCAAAACUCACAUGCAGCUCUCCCCAAUGAAGUUUCGGUGGUUUGGCCAGGCAGUGACAAUCAUCUUUAAGGACUACGGGUUGCGUGGCUUCUUCCAAGGCGGUGUCCCCCGGGCCCUCCGCAGGACCCUGAUGGCAGCCAUGGCGUGGACCGUCUACGAGGAGAUGAUGGCCAAGAUGGGCCUGAAGUCCUGACCGCGAGAGCACUGGGAGAAGAUAGGAUCUGUUGCCCUGCCUGGUUUCUGCCGAGGGCAGCUUCGUCUCACUGUCCUGGAGUGGGCUGGAGUCCUAUCUGGAAAGCCAGGCAAAUAUGUCACCUUGUUACCCAGUUCAAGUAGAGAAUAGAUGGGCCUGACUUAAGCCUUCAGAAUCUCCCAAAAGAGGAAUCACUGAUACUUACAGCACAUUGGGCAGUUAGGAGGAGGGUUUUCACACCCUGCAAGGCUACCUGAAAGCAUUUCCCGAAAGGGAGCUCUGUCAGGGUGAUCCCUGCUUCAGCCACCCACCUACACCAUGGUGCCUCUUGGGAUCUGUUCUUGGGCAGGGCAUCGCAAAGCAGGAGAAGCGGUGCGCCACCCGCUGGGGCUGACUAACUCCAGCCGGGGGUGGGGUUUCUGCAGAGAGGAGUCACUGCCCCCAGGCUGGAGUCCACCUCUGCAGCGAUAGGAGGAGGAGGAGGAGGAGGAGAAGGAGGAGGAGGUGUCAUUACUUAGUUGGUUCCUCAUCAACUUUUCAGAGGCCCUACGGAAGGCGAGGACAGUGGCUUUCUCGCCUCUAAGUGUCCAAAUAAAGUUUACGACUGUCUUGGCCUCGGCACUGUUUCAGCUCCGAGUUCUGGCAUUUUUCUGCAGCUAAAGUUCAGAUAAAUAAAACGAAGCACUUUAUCACUGAAAACUUUUUGGAAAACCUACUGUGACCACUCUGUUUUAGGACCUGGCAUGUUUUUAAAGACUAUUUU